AUGAGUCGUAAGGACCUGCUACGCUUCCUAUCCAAGCCAGCAAACUGUCUCUGGUUGUCGUUGCUGACUGACGUCUGCCUGCCAGACCUCGAUAACAUCCCCAAAAUCUCUCUAUCCAUACAGCAGACAUCCUCCUCUGCUAGACCCGAUACUUUCACCGGUAUCGGCAUCUGUCAGGUCGAGGGUCACCGACAUCUGAUCACCAUUCCGGCACUCAAAGCGUUCUACUUCCCCCUCUCCGCCCGCCCGCCCUAA